CACAGAAGAAGCGACACAGUCACAGAUCUCGCUCUCACUCUCUACGACAAGCAAGCAAGCAAGCAAGAAUCUGGCAGAUCCACGUUCUUGCUGCUGCCAAUCUUCUUCUCUCUUCCAAUUUAGGGUUUCCAAGCUUCAUUCCUUGGUAACUUGGACUGGAAUCCAUGUCUUUUUCUUGCGGUUCUAAUCAGGUACUGCUUUCCUUCACUCUCCUACUAUGUGCUUCCUCCCUCUGCAUUCACGCCUCAGUCCACCACUAUUCUGCUGAGAAAUUCCUUAACAAAGGAAAUGCGUUUGUCGUCCAUGGAGGUAGCGAGGGAAUUCGCUCCUCCAUAGCUGACCGCAACGAUGCGGAUGCGGAUGCGGAUUCUUCUUCCAAUCGCGAUUCAUAUAUUCGCUUCGAGAAAAUUACAUUUCGGAGACCCGAGGAGUUUUCCAACUUCAGCUCAGGACCAUUGCAUGCAAUUGUUUUUGAGGUGGAAGAUAGAGAGAUGAUUGGAGGCUCGGCCUAUGGUGGCCAAAGGGCAAUCUGCUGUACUGUAGAUCUUGCUAAACUAGGUGUUUGUUCAGAAGGAGAAGUUAUUUACCGGCCAUCCUCGAAUAAUUCUGGCUGGCCUCAAGUUUAUGGAGUCUCCUUCAACACAGAUGAGCAAGUUGCAACCCUGGCGACAAAAUCAAUUCAGAUUACUAAAACGGGGAUGUAUAACUUGUAUUUCAUCCAUUGUGAUCCAAAGCUUCAAAAUGUUGUUGUUGAGGGGAAAACCAUAUGGAAAAAUCCUUCUGGAUACCUGCCGGGUAGAAUGGCGCCUCUGAUGAAGUUUUAUUUGUAUAUGUCUUUUGCUUAUGUGUUGCUUGGAAUCUUCUGGUUCUCACAGUAUGCUAGAUUCUGGAAAGAAGUUUUUCCAUUGCAGAACUGCAUUACGGUUGUCAUCACAUUGGGGAUGUUUGAGAUGGCUUUGUGGUAUUUUGAGUAUGCUGAAUUCAACCAGACUGGGAUAAGACCAACAGGGAUUACUAUGUGGGCUGUCACCUUUGGAGUUGUUAAGCGUACAAUUGCACGUCUGAUCCUUUUGAUGGUUUCAAUGGGUUAUGGUGUUGUUAGACCUACUCUAGGUGGACUGACAUCAAAAGUUCUCAUGCUUGGAUUAACCUUCUUUCUGGCAUCUGAAGUUCUUGAAUUGGUUGAGAACGUAGGUUCUGUAAGUGAUCUUUCAGGAAAAGCAAGACUUUUCUUGGUUCUACCUGUGGCAAUCUUGGAUGCUUUCUUCAUUCUUUGGAUAUUCAACUCCCUCUCUGCAACUUUAAGCAAGCUUCAGGCUAGAAGGUUGACGACUAAAUUGGACAUUUACAGAAAAUUCACAAAUGCAUUGGUGGUAACUGUUAUUGUAUCUGUGGGUUGGAUAUGUUAUGAGCUUUAUUUCAAGUCAAAUGACGUUUACAAUGAGCAGUGGAAAAAUGCAUGGAUUAUCCCUGCCUUCUGGCAAGUCUUAUCAUUUUCUCUACUCUGUGUCAUUUGUGCUCUUUGGGCUCCCUCUCAAAACUCAAUGCGGUAUGCAUACUCCGAGGAUACACACGAAGAGUUCGACAAGGAUGAUACAGAUCUAAGACUCAUAAGACCAUCUCCAAUUUCCUCACCUUCAAAGGACGUUCGUAGUGUACCGGACUUUAAACCGCUGCGUGGAAACGACAAUCCAGCUGGUGAUUUAGAAGAAGAUAAAACAGAGUAGAAUUGGAAUCAGAGGUCCUACAUUUUGGUACGUAUACAUAGCCAUAAGCUCAUUUACUUUGCUAGCUCUAUUUCCUGGGAAAAUCUGGUAGUCUAUAAUUUUCACGGGGAAAUUACUGUUAGUAUAGACUUAGAGUGAUGUAGUUUUUCUUCUUCUUUUUUAAUCUUUUUCUCUCAUAUAGUAUUUGAUCAUUUGUUCCACAAUAAUCUUUCUUGUAACUGUGUGUGAUUUUGAUAUUUAAUGCUCCCCCACCUCCCAAAAUCUUCCAAUAUGAUGAACUCUUAAAUAAUAUCUUCCAAUAUGAUAGAUCCUGUUUCUGUUUCUGUU